CGGACUGACAGCUCAUAGGGCCCCCGGGAAAUAGGGGAUCAUGGGGCCCCUGUGUCCUUGCCCAACUCAAAAAGCCUAUGAAAAAGGUACCAGGGGCAUCUCAUGGGGCCCCCUACUGACCCUGGGCCCUCGGGCAGUGCCCGAGGGCCCCAUGAGUUGUCAGUCCGCCCCUGGUACAGACACACAAGGUGACACACGUAGGUUACAAUGCCAAUUAGAGGUUAAUGUCCCACAUCUGUGGCUUUUGAAAUUGCAAUUAGUGUCAGUGUAUAAAUAGUCAAUG